GCCCGAGCAGACCAGUGUUGAGCGGCGUACCGGACGGACGAAGAGAGCUGGACGGCGACUGCUCGGAGACGGACAGCGAGAGAGGCGAACGUGUUUAACUGAAAGGCCGCGAGUGCUUACGCCCGUGUUCCUGUAUCUGGAUUAUCGUUAUUUUCCUUCCUUCCGGUGCUGUGAAAUUUGCAACACAAAUAAAACUCGCUCGCUCGGGCACCAUCGGGCAGUAUGUCCCUUUCCGUCAUGGUGGGCAACUGGCCGUGGCUCCUGACGGGGGCUCUGACGGGCUUCCUAGCUUAUUGCAACCGGCCUCUGCAAUGGACCUCAACCCCACAGCGCGCCACGACGGAGUGGCUUAACGCGGCGCCCUUGAAGCGGUUGGAUGGCUCGGGGAAGGACCUGCUUGGCCUGGACCUGUGGAGGGAGCGAGGGGCGGUGGUCAUGGCUGUGAGGCGGCCUGGAUGAUCCUUGUGUAGGGAGGAGGCACAGGCCCUCUCCAGCCUCAAGGAACACUUUGAGGCCAAGAGAGUCCCCCUGUACGCUGUCCUCCACGAAGAGCUCGGCGCCGAAGAGUUCAGGAACUUCUUCGACGGCGAGCUGUUCCUUGACGUGGAGCGGAGGUUCUACGGCCCCGAGGAGCGCCGCAUGCUGUUGACGGGGAUGCUGCGGUGGAGUGUAUGGAGCAACCUGCGGCGUGCCAGCAACAAGGGCGUGGAGGGCAACCUGAAGGGGGAUGGAUCGCUGCUGGGGAGCGUGUUUCUCCUGGGUCCAGGCAGCCAGGGCGUUCUGUAUGAGCACCGUGAGAGGGAGUUUGGGGAGCAUCACAACUCCACCGAACUCCUGGAGGCGCUGACGAAGAUAAAGACGCCAUCCGCUGAAGACUAAACGUGUGUGUGUGUGUGUGUGUGUGUGUGUGUGUGUGUGUGUGUGUUAUCCAGGAAUAGUAUCAGUAUUUCAUAGUAUUCCAUUCUUUUCGUUUGUUUUGAUGUGUUUCUUGUCGUUAUUUCGUAGUUUUUGAGUCAUACGAAUGUGGUCUGCUGUAGGGUCCUGUUCUGGUCAACCCAUGGCAAGUAUAGAAGUGCCGUGUGUGUUAAGGGUAGCUAGUCAUUCAUUCAGUUAUAUCGCGCCGUUUCGUUCUUAUGGGUAUUGUUCAGUGUUUGGGGUCACUCGGAUACGUUAUAGACAAGGGCCAGAAUUUACCUUUCCUGGGCGGUCAAAAAAAGGGAUACUGUGUCAUGUUCUGAUUCCUGGCCACUAACCUUUUUUCAAACUACUUAACUUCACCUAAACAUCAACCUACCCUCAUUUAACGGUAACCUACUAGCCCCCUUAAGUAAACGAUAACAUAGCCUCCUUAUUAAAUAGCAACACUUCUAUAAAUGGUAGCCUAUCCCCCUGAAAUAAAUGGUUGCCGAUCUCCUCAUACAAAAUGGUAACAGCCCACUUAUAGAGAUGUUAACUUUCCCCCCUUAUCAAAUACUAACACUUAUCUUCUAUAAAUGGUAACCUAGCCCUUUCAAAUAUAUGGUAAACCUAUCUUUUCAUAUAUAAUGCCAACGUAGCCCUUGCAUAUAUAAUGGCCUAACCCCCUUAUUAAAUUUUACCUUCUUAUAAAAUGGUAACUCCGCUCCCUUAUAUAAAGAGUCUAGCCCCCCUUCAGAUAAACAGUAAUCAAGCCUCCCCCCUACACACACACACCGACUGCCCCAUAACGCCCAGGUAAGGUACAUAUCAGCCUUAUUAUAAUUAUCAGUGAGUAAGGAUCCCCGUGGUCUGCCGGGCUGUGAUUUCCAAGGUAGGACGGAGGCAUAGGUAAAGAUAGGCAUUCUGGUAGCUAUUUUCCAUAUACCUCGUCCCUAUGUAUUAGUGUGUGUGUGGAGUGUGUGUCCGUGUGUGUCUAUUUAUCGUAUAUACGUUGAUGUGAGUUUGUGUUUUGUUAUGAUUUGAGAGGUUGGGGGCAGUGUGUGUGUGUGUGUGUGUGUGUGUGUUGGGAGUCGCAGUGCAGUUCUCAGUCUUAAGUGCAGUGAAGGCCGCUACAUAAACUCAAUUGAGGUGUUACGGCUGGAAGAAACUUGAGACGAGGAGCUGCCACAUCGCUACCCUCCACUACGCACCACCACCACCGCCAUGCACCUCCAGCACGCGUUGAGGCGGCGAGGGACGCACAAAUACCCAAGCAGUCCCUCGUCCCCGCCAAUAAAGACAUACCAAUAAAAUCCGUCUUUGUA